AUGCCGAGCACAGCUUAUGUCACUGAGGAUUCUCCUCAAGCGACCGAAAGACGUUCAAUGCGGAAGCGAUCCGUUGAGGCAAUGGACCUUGUGGCCACUCCAACGAAACGACGUCGGGGCUCCACGCAGGAAGUCAUCAACGUCGAGUCAUCAGCUACAGAAGGCAGCGAAACAGAAGGCCACGAGGAUCAUAUGCGUUACGGCCCUGCAAAAGUCCCGAUAUCGUCAGCAGAUGUGGUUGGGACGCCGAAAUCUACACCGAAACGAAGAGGCCGCCCUCCAAAAUCACAGUCUCAAGCUAGUACUCCAGCAAAGACCCCUGCCAAGUCAAUAUUUGCAACGCCAGUGAAGACCUAUGAUAUCGACUCUACAACACCGAAAAGACAGGCAGCAGAUCGUUCAGCUCGAAAAAAGAGUGCCAGAGCCCUUAUAGAGAAUGUAGUUGGUAACGGUGGUAGUGAUGACGAAGAAGAAGACAAUGAUGUCCUCGUGCGGGAGAUUUACGAAGACAGCGACGCCGAGGAUAUUGACGAGCAUGCAAAUAAUCUAGCCGACGGCAUAAAUGGCGAUAUCGCAGGAGAUGCUACACCUUCAAAAACUCGCAAAGGCAGACCAAAGAGAGCAAAGUCUCCAACACCACCACGGGACUUGCCUGCCCAUGAACUUUACUUUGCACACAAUAAACCUGGACGGCCAAAGACGUCGGACAAUACACUGUCUUCACUCGCACUACUCACUCACGACGAAUACUUUACGAUUCUCCACGAGCACAAGGACCGCCAUGCCGACGACAUUGCGUAUUUGGAAAAUCUCCAUGCCGAAUCCUUCCCGCAGUGGUCGUUUGAGUUGUCGCAAGGGUACAGCAUAUGUCUUUACGGGCUUGGCUCCAAAAGAUCUCUGCUGCAAAAGUACGCCAAAUACUUGCACGCCAACCACCGCGGAAAAGCUGUUCGACAAACUGUCAUUGUCAACGGCUACGCACAAACAACCACCAUGCGAGAUGUCCUAGUAUGCAUAGGCUCAGCCAUCAACCCUUCACCAAAGAUACCGACAUCUACGCCAACAGUCAUGCUCCAAAGCAUAUCAUCCCAGCUCUAUAAUACCGACCUCAUUCUCACCAUUAUAAUAAACUCUAUUGACGCAGCUCCCCUCCGCAAACCAGGUACACAGGCCAUCCUGGCUCAACUCGCCGCCCAUCCGCAGGUCAACCUCGUCUGUUCUGCAGAUACACCGGACUUUUCUCUGCUCUGGGAUAUUGGCGUCCGUUCGGCAUUCAACUUGAUCUUUCACGACUGUACCACCUUUGCGCCCUUGACAGUCGAACUAGACGUUAUUGACGAAGUUCACGAACUCUUGGGCCGUACGGCCCGUCGCGUCAACGGCAGAGAAGGUGUUGCCUUUGUAUUGAAGAGUUUGCCUGAAAACGCAAAGAAUCUGUUUCAGUUACUCGUUGGCGAGGUCCUUAUUGCCAUGGAGGAAGAAGGGAAUGUGCUCGAAGACGCAGCCGGCGUGGAAUAUAGAAUGGUGUAUAAUAAGGCUGUGGAGGAAUUUAUUUGCAGUUCGGAAAUGGCAUUUCGAACACUACUUAAAGAGUUCCAUGACCAUCAAAUGAUUACCAGUCGCAAGGACGCUCUGGGGACGGAAUUACUCAGUGUACCAUUUCAGAAGGAGGAGUUGGAAGCAAUAUUAGAAGACUUGAUGUCAUGA